AUGCAAUUUAAGACCGGACUGCUUAUCAAUGUUAUUCGAUCACUAACCACAAGUGUUUCGGAAGAUCAGCGCGAAUUGGAAAAGUCCCGGUUGCAGAAAGGAUUUCAAGAGUCUGAAGCACUCAUCGAUAAAUUAGUCAAAUCUCAUCAGCAGGAUGUUGAGGAAUGUCUUGAUUCGUUCAGGGAUGUUUCCACGCGAAUAUCAGCUUGCCGAGAACGGAUUCAUAACGUUCGAAACGCACUCCAUACUUGUAAAACUCAUUUGGAAUGUCGACGUGAUGAUCUGAAAAAGCUUUGGUUGGAGAAUUCACAACAGAAAUACAUCUGUGAAAUAAUGGCGCAAUUGGAGGAACUGAAGGAAGCCCCUCUGAAGAUCGAUAUGCUCAUGAAUCAGGGAAACUAUACGGAUGCAGCCAAAUUGACCAGUACAUCGCGAGACCUUUUGAAUGGCCGCUUGGCUAAAAUCGAAGGCUUGUGCCAACUGCGCACUAUGAUUCGUGAGACAUCCGAGCGUCUGAGCGAUAAGAUUGUCGACCAAAUUGUCGAAUAUCGUUAUUUUUUGCAGAUGUUCGACUUGGUCCAAUCAAUGUCCGAACAGCGAGUGAUGGAAUCAGAACAGUGUUCCCGUCUUCACGAUAAGUUAAGAAAUGGGUCAUCGAAUAUUGAUGAUUAUUGGAUUUGGUUAGGUGGUGGAUCCGUCGACAUGGAUCGUGUGAUGUCCUUGUCUAGAGCCCAAAUUGAUAAGCAGGUAGCCGCAUCGGUAUCGCUGAUGAGGGUUCGUGCUUCGAUUGACGAAAAUUUGGCCGGAGAUCAGACUCACCUGACGCAACUCGUUCAAAUGAUCGUUUGCCAAUUGGAGUCGUCUCGAACUGCUCAUAAAGUACUCGAGAAAAUCUGUGCGGAAUCACCUUCAAGCACCAAAAUCAUGAAGUUGUAUUGGGGAGGGUGCUCAGAAUGCCGUAGAGAUAGAUUUGCUGCCCUCUGGUUGCUCGUGCUUACCGAUUACAAUAAGAACGUCACGGAUAUGUAUGAGAGGACUACGAAGUCCCUAAGCGAAAUCGAUGGAGUUGCCUCGAGACGAAAAAUUAGUGCUGCAUGGGCUGCUGAUGAGGAUAUUUCGAGUGGAGCUCAUCUUUCUAAUAAGAUCACGUUAUUUGUCUUUCAGGAUAUUCUUCAAAGAAAUGAACGAGAGUCCGAAAUAUUGAUUGGAAAUCUCGCCACUCAGAAGAAGAUUGAGCGUGCCGAGUUGUUGACUGAUAUGUCUGAUGUGAGAGCACUUGCAGCAUUGCACGAAAGCUUACGGUGGUUUGCUUGCGAGGUACGCCGACUGAUCAACUCGCUUCCUCAACAUGUAAAGACAAAUCUGCGUGGAUGCAUGGUUCAAGUCCGAUACAAGGAUGGUCAAAUAACCGACAAUGUAAUCGAGCUAGGACGUGACCUGCAAUCUUUCCAUCAACUGUUAUCUUCGAUCCUGUCGCAACCGAAACUUCGCUAUAUAUUUGAUGGCCUCGGUCAUCUUUGUGCUGCGAUAUUCAUCCAUUCGAGCCAACAUAUGCCACGAUUGUCCGAAUCGGGAAAGAAACGUGUCUGUCGCAAUAUAUGGGGCGUUCAACAACGAUUGUCCCAGAUAACAUCACGUCGUGAGGCAGAGCUCGAUCGAGCACGAGCUUUCUUCGAACUACUCGCCCAUGAACCUGAUCGCCUACUUGCACAGCUGCCCGAUCGACGAUCCCAGUUCACACCCGUUGAGAUGGGUCAUCUCGUGGCGUUGUCGGUUCGUUCUCAUCCGACUCUGUCCAGUCAACAUGGUGCUCUCGAACAACGCCUUGCACAGCUCUCAUCGUUAUUGAAACAACCGGUUUAG